AUGGAGAAAGAGGGCCGGUCGGUGAAGAUGGCGAACCGGGAAGGAAUGGGACCGAUGGAGGUGUGGGACCACAGGGACUCCCAGGAAACAACGGUGUCCAAGGAAUCAAAGGAUUGGUUGGCAAACCUGGUGAUCAGGGGCCUCGUGGUGACCAAGGCGCGAUUGGCCCUCCUGGACCCUUCGGGGGCCCCGGCCCCAGGGGCGAACCUGGGCCCCAAGGCGCUCCUGGACCAUGGGGCAAGCAAGGGGCUCGAGGAAUCGCUGGUGAAGAAAAAGGACCACCUGGAGGACCGGGGCCUGAUGCCGGAUAUUGCCCUUGUCCGCGUCGAUCACCGGGUAGCCGCGAUGUCCCUGUCGCGCCUCGUUCCAAGCAAGGGUGCCCAGCGCCUCCUACUCGUCCCAGUGCAGAGCCGCGGAGCUGCCCAUGCUGCUCCCGCCACUGCAGUGAAGGCCGAGGAUGAGGAGCCCGGUUUUUUCCAGAAGGUCUCCCUCCGCUUCAGGGGUGUCCCCCUGAAGGGCGAAUCCCAGCGACCGAAAUCCAUGUUCGACGACAUCGGCAAGGAGUGGUCCGCCCCCGAGCCGCUGCCGGAGGUCCCCAAAGACUUCAAGGAAUACCCCGAGCGUGACCUGGUCAACUACCCGUAUCCAGCUCGCCCGAUGUACCCACCGAAGACCCGUCUUUUGAUGGUUCCCGAUUCGUGGUGCACGCCUCUUCAGAAGAUCACCGGAACCUCAGGACCGUACCUCUUCUUCGGAGGUCUCUUCGCCUUCCUCGUCAACAAGGAAUUGUGGGUGUAUGAGGAGCAGGGACACAUGACUGCCGGCUGGAUCCUCUUCUACCUCCUCAUUUCGAAGAGCGUUGGCUUCCGUCUUGACAAGUACUUGUAUGGCGAGUACCAGAACAGGAUGAACUACUUCAAAGGACUCAUCCAGGAAGACCUCAAGGACGCCACCGAGUUCAGAAAGACUUCCGCAUUGGAGACUGACUCGUUGAGCACCGUCAAGGACUCUUUCCCCACCAUCAUGAAAGAGAACAUGGAGCUCCAGCUCGAGGCCACCUACAGGAAGAACGUUUCCACGAUUUCCACCGAGCUCCAGCGCCGUUUGAACUACCUUAAGGAUACCGAAGAUGCCAAGUCUCGCUUCGAGAGGGACCUCAUGCUCAAGUGGAUUGUUAAUGGCGUGGAACAACAAGCGAAAGACCCGAAGUUCAAGGAUCAAUUCCUUUCCAACUCUAUCCAGCAGCUCAAGGGUCUCAAAGUCAACCUC